AGAAAGACACGUGUCAACUUCCUGCUGAAACUGGGGGUUGUGCCGAUUAUGUGGGCCGUUGGUAUUACGAUACGAGAGAAAAAUCUUGCCGCCAGUUCUAUUAUGGAGGAUGCGGUGGUAAUGGAAAUAACUUCGAGUCCCAGCAGCGGUGCCAACAGAGAUGCGAAAAUCCACAACCGGAACCCCCACCUCAGCCGGAACCCACGUCCCAACCUCAACCAGCACCAGAAUCGGGAACAAAUGAAACGGAGCUGCCGCCGAUACCUCGGCCUACCUAUGCUCCAGAGGAACCUUUCAAAACUGAAAUGUGCUUCUUACCACACGAGACCGGAAGAUGUAGAGCAGCUUUCAGAAAAUAUUUCUAUGACAGCUCAGAUGGCGUGUGCAAAACAUUUAUCUACGGUGGCUGCGGUGGCAACGGAAACAAAUUUGAAAGCGAAGAACAAUGUCUUCAAUAUUGCGGCAGUGCCCAAGAUUUCUGUACCCUGCCUCCUGUUCCUGGACCUUGCAACAAUACCUACGUUCAGUACUACUUCGAUCCAGCCACCGAUUCUUGCCAACCUUUCAAAUUCGGUGGGUGUGGUGGAAACUACAAUAGAUUCCAAGAUCAAGCAUCUUGUGAACAAAGAUGCAAGAAAACACAUCCAGAACAUGUCGAAACACAGGCGCCACCAAUUCAAAUCGACAUGUGUCUUCGAGAUGCCGAUCCUGGCAACUGCAGUGGUGAUUCUGUUGCUUUCUUCUAUGACAGGAUGACCUCAAAAUGUACUCCAUUCACAUACACCGGGUGUGGAGGCAAUGACAACAGAUUCAACAGCGAAGAACAAUGCGAGCGCCAGUGUGGAGUCUUCAGGGGACAAGCUAUCUGUGAAAUGAAGAGAGAUCCUGGUCCAUGCUACGGUUACUUCAUCAAAUACUAUUACAACAAGGAUUCUGGUCGAUGCGAGCAAUUUGCUUAUGGAGGUUGCCUAGGAAACGGAAACCGAUUUAGUUCCAGCGAAGAGUGCGAGCAUAUUUGUGUCAUACGCGAAGAAUCCAAACCGAACAUCUCAAAUACAGCUAUAUGUCAACUAAAAGUAGAUCAAGGUUCUUGCAAGGGAGGGUACCACAAACGUUGGUACUUCAAUGAUGAACGAGGAGAAUGUCUUGCUUUCAUUUACUCAGGCUGUGGAGGGAAUUUCAACACUUUCAAAUCUUACCAAGCUUGUAUUGAUUUCUGUGGCCAUCUGUUGCCUCGAACUGAAUUCAUUCCACCACCUGUAGUGACAGAAGAUCCAACAAGAUCGUGUCAAGAAACUUUCAACGAGUGUACAACACUAAUGUGUCCUUACGGCGUCGAGCCAUACGUUGAUGAGAACGACUGCAAUAGAUGUCGCUGCAGGGAUCCUUGCAUGGGUGUUGAAUGCCCUGAAGAUGAACAAUGCGCCAUCGAUAUCAACAUGAACAAAACAUCUUCUCAAGACGCAGACUUCAUAGCUAUCUGCAGAAAACGUGUCAAACAAGGAUCUUGUCCAAAUCUGCUGUUGAAUAACGACAAAGAAUGCCAAGAAGAAUGUAGAACAGACGCUGAUUGUACCAUGCACUUGAAAUGCUGUUCCACCGGUUGCGGUACUGCUUGUGUCGAUCCAACACCUGCUCAGUUAGUCACUCAGCGCCCUGAACCAGCUUAUACCGAUCAGCCAGUUGUGGUGCCAAUUCAAGCGCCCAAACUGGAUCCAGAAGAAUUCAAACCCGAAGUAUCAGCCUCUCUUGGCGACCAAGCAACAUUGAGAUGUGCGGUUUCUGGUAACCCCAAUCCCAGAAUCAGUUGGAGUAAAGAAAAUCUUGAGAUUGAUGGAACACAACCAAGAUACAGAAUUAGGCUGGAUCAGUCACUUCAGAUCAUCACUUUACAUAAGACAGAUUCUGGUACAUAUCUCUGUACUGCGGAUAAUGGCAUCGGGGAUCCAAUUACUAACGAAAUCAGAUUAGAUGUCUUAGAUUCAGGACCUAGACCAGCAACAAUGUUGGAGGGAGCAGAAGACGAGCUACCACUAAUUGUUUCCCUCAACGCUCCAACAUCUCUGAACUGUUUUGUCCUCGGUAAUCCUUUCCCCGCAGUAACUUGGUGGAAGGACGACUCUUUAAUUCCAUAUGAUAAUAACGAAUUCAAAAUUGGGUCUGAUAACUCUCUACUAAUUCAUUCCGUCAAACUACAUAACCUAGGAAUCUACACAUGUCAAGCCUAUAACGGAUACGGUACCGCUGCAAGUUGGUCUGUGAUAGUGAAGGCAAGAGGGCCGUACCACUUCACCAAUCCCAGUGAACUGAUAUACAAACAGUACAUUGUUGACUCUCCGGAAGAGCCCACUCCUAGUACGCCUAGUACCACUACAACCACUACUACCACCAUUCCUCCUCCACCUCCGAGGUAUCCGCCCUAUGUACCUCCCUCGGAACCUUUCCCACUUCUUCCUUAUACCGAACCAUCCAAUGAGAUAAUACCAGAAUAUCCGGAUGCUGCUGGAUCAGUGGACCAAGCUGGUUUUAUUGUUCCUGUUAGAGCAAACAUUACAACAAGCGACCAGAGGUAUCCUGUUGGCAGCGAUAUAGAAGUACCUUGUGCAGUAACAGGAUGGCCAUUACCUCAAAUUCAGUGGUACAAGGAUGGCAUUCAACUGAACCCAUCGGAAAAAAUACAAAUUUCAGAUUCUCACACGUUAACGAUACUGGACGCAACAAAGGCAGAUUCAGGAUUUUAUCAGUGUGAGGCCAUAAAUGCAUACACUAAAUCAACAAGUACACUGGAAAUCCUAAUUGAAGGUACAAAUAUUCAUUUCAUAUUAGAAUGGGAAUGGUGCUCUGUUGAGCAGUCAUAUUUUGGUUGCAAAUAUUGAUACUCAUUUGAAACU